CCAUAUCCCACAUGUCAAAAAGACUGAGCUCCGAGUUCUCACCGUGUCACUGAUACCUCUCUCUCUCUCUCUCUCGCUUUGUCCAACCAUAUAUAUCUUCCUCCAACGUUUGCAUUUCUUCAACGCUCUCCCAUAUACACAAAGCAAACGCUAACCUUUCAGCCUCAAAACUAAGAGACAGUUGCAUUAAUUUGCAUCAAAGUCUUCUACAAUCGAAUCCCAAAACAAAAAAAAUGAAGGAAACCAUAAUUGGUGAAGGUGGGUAUGUGUAUAAACAAGAGACCCUUCUCACCGUUCUAAAGACCUCUCUUUUCUUUGCCAAUGAUGGUUACAGUGUGUAUGACUGCAAGGGUCAGUUGGUCUUCCGAGUCGACUCGUACGGUCCUGAUACUCGUGACAAAGGUGAAAUCGUUCUCAUGGACGCUCAUGGAAAGUGCCUCCUCACUGUUCGCCGAAAGAGGCCGAGUCUGCAUCAACGGUGGGAAGGGUUCAAGGGUGAAAGAUCAGACGGCCAAAAACCGUUCUUCAGCGUGAGGAGAUCAUCGAUAAUUGGACGGUCGAGCGUGAGCGUGGAGGUGUACAACAAUCCAGGAGAGGAGUACCAGAUCGAAGGAAGCUUUGCACAACGGUGUUGCACAAUCUUCAACGCUGGGAAAGAAUCAGUGGCUGAGAUUAGACGCAAAGUUGAUGCUUCCACCAAUGUGGUGCUUGGGAAAGACGUUUUCUCUAUAUGCCUAAAACCUGGUUUUGAUGGAGCUUUUGCUAUGGGUUUGGUGCUUGUACUUGAUCAGAUCAAUGGUGAUGAGACUAUUACUGAGGGAGCACAAGUGGAACCCAUCACAGGGGAUUAAUACUAGUUUUUUUUUUUUUUUAAAGUACUAGUUGACUAGUGGUAUUAUAAUGAUAGGGAACUCUUUGUCUGUUGAUAGGGAACUCUUUGUCUUGGUUCUAGAUCUCUGUUGCUAUUUUAUUUACAUGUUGCUAAUUUAAAAAGAGAUCAAAUCAAAUUAUACCAUGUGGGCUAGUUUUUAGCACUUCCCAAUGGCUGCUUGAUUUUGGAAA